AGCUCUGACGUCACAGGGAGUUAAUUUUAAACCCGGACAAGAUGGCGGAAGGGGACGCGGCGCGGCGCGCGGGGCCGGCCCGCCACCGGCCAGACCCGGCAGGUGAGCAUUACGAGGAAGAAGAGGAAGAGGAUGCCCUACCUGACUCAGAUGCUCUGCCAGACUCAGAUGAUGAGGUGGAUUUGGAUAAGCCGCGUCCCAUACAGAUUGUUCUUGCUCAUGAAGAUGACCAUAACUUUGAAUUAGAUGAAGAAGCAUUGGAAAAAAUCUUGCUUCAGGAGCACAUAAAAGAUCUUAACAUAGUAGUCGUGUCUGUAGCAGGAGCUUUUCGUAAAGGAAAAUCUUUUCUUCUGGACUUCAUGCUUAGAUAUAUGUAUAACAGGACUUCUUCUUGCUGGAUAGGUGGAAACACUGAGCCAUUGACUGGUUUUACGUGGAGAGGUGGAUGUGAACGGGAAACUACCGGCAUUCAGAUUUGGAGUGAAGUGUUUGUAAUUGAUAAACCCAAUGGAACAAAGGUUGCUGUACUACUCAUGGAUACCCAAGGUGCCUUUGAUAGUCAAUCCACUAUCAAAGACUGUGCAACGGUUUUUGCUCUGAGCACCAUGACGAGCUCUGUCCAGGUAUACAACUUGUCCCAGAACAUUCAGGAAGAUGACCUUCAACAUUUGCAGUUGUUUACAGAAUAUGGGAGACUAGCUAUGGAAGAAAUUUACCAGAAGCCAUUUCAGACACUAAUGUUCUUAAUCAGAGAUUGGAGUUACCCUUAUGAACAUGCAUAUGGCUUGGAAGGAGGAAAAAAGUUCCUAGAGAAAAGAUUGCAGGUAAAGCAAAACCAACAUGAAGAGCUCCAGAACGUAAGGAAGCACAUUCACUCCUGUUUCAGUAAUCUUGGCUGUUUCCUGUUGCCCCACCCUGGUCUUAAAGUUGCGACAAACCCAAAUUUUGAUGGGAGGUUGAAUGAUAUAGAUGAGGAUUUUAAGAAUGAGCUGCGGAACCUGGUACCCUUACUGCUUGCCCCUGAAAACUUGGUAGAAAAAGAGAUUAGUGGAUCCAAGGUGACCUGUAGAGAUCUGGUAGAAUACUUCAAGGCUUAUAUUAAAAUCUAUCAAGGAGAGGAGCUACCUCAUCCAAAAUCCAUGCUGCAGGCAACAGCUGAGGCGAACAAUCUUGCUGCUGUGGCAGGAGCAAAAGACUUGUACAGCAAAGGCAUGGAGCAGGUGUGUGGGGGAGAUAAGCCUUACAUCGCCCCGUCGGACCUGGAGCGGAAGCACCAGGACUUCCGAGAGACGGCCGUCAGGCAGUUCCGCUCCGUGAAGAAGAUGGGGGGGGAGGAGUUCUGCCGGCGCUACCAGGAGCAGCUCGAGGUGGAAAUCGACGAGAUCUAUGCAAACUUUGUGAAGCACAACGAUGGCAAAAACAUCUUCUAUGCUGCUCGUACCCCUGCCACUCUGUUUGCGGUCAUGUUUGCCAUGUACAUAAUCUCAGGACUGACUGGGUUCCUUGGUAUGAACUCCAUAGCUACCCUGUGUAACCUCGUGCUGGGGAUGGCCCUUAUCUCGUUUUGUACUUGGGCAUACGUUAAGUACUCUGGGGAAUUCAGAGAAGUUGGAACAGCCAUCGAUCAGAUCACUGAAGCUAUAUGGGAACAGGUGUUGAAGCCCAUGAGUGAUAAUUUGAUGGAGGAUCAGAUGAGGCAGUCUGUAAAAAACUCUAUCAAAGCAGGCCUGACCGAGCAGGUGUCUCAGCAUGCCAGACUAAAGACAGACUGACAGUUCAUCUCCUCUGCAGCUCUGCUUUCUCAUCCUAGACACGCUUUGCUGUACCAUGAGAACUCAACAAGAAUAAGAAUAAAACGUUAAAAAUUAAAAAUAAACCAAAGUUUACAAUCAACUGUAGAAGUAGUUUAGUGUGAGUGGCUUCACAGAUUGCUGCCAUCACCUGGGGAGAGUUAAGGUUGUCAGUGCUCUGCUUGGGGCGGGAGCGAGGGGCUCGGUUCCACCCGCAGUCCCGCUGAGCCCCGCGCUGGUGGGGGGUGGGGGGCAGGGACCUUCCCCCAGCCUUUGAGCCCCUGCGCUCUCUGGCUUGCAGCGGGGCUCCCUCCUGUGUGGGAGGUGGCUUUGGGCAAGCAGCCUGCUCAGCCCCCUCGCUUUGCUCUCCCCACACUGAGCGUCCCGGGUCGCUGCAGCCCUCGGAGCCGCCGCGGUACCAGCUGCAUCUCGCUUCAUUGCCUUUUGUACCAGUGUUACACCAGUGCAUGUUGGUUGCUCCCAGCAGGGCAGGCAGUGGGGGGGAGCAGGACCCUGGGAGCUGUGAUCACGACAGAGCUGUCCCUUUUUUGCAGUUUAGCCUUCGUGUAUAUAAUAAUUGCCAUUAAUUCUACCGGGGGAGAAAUCCCAUCCAAACCCGACAAUUGUUGCCUACAGCUACCAAGCAAUGAGUUAGGAUUGUCUGUACAGUGUGUUCAGUUUUUAUUUUUUAAGAGAUCACAGGUAGGGCAUGUACAUGAAAUAUAAAUAUAUAAAUACGAUUUUGUAUCAAAGUUUUGUAGUUUAUGGCAAAACCUGGUCCUGUGGUAGCUAAGUGCAGUCCCUGUAAAGGAAUGUCUGUGGCUCAUGUAAAUGUGUGAAUGCAACAAUUGGAAGUUUUUUGAUAUAUUUGUGAUAUUUACCUGCCUUGAGCACUGCAAUCUCUCACCCCCUUGGGAAAAAAAAUCAGUGGGAAUGUUUGUUGUGGAACUCUUGUCCUCUGUUGCAUUUUAAAGUUAUUUCCUGUAAUUUAUUUUCAGUACAUGAUUAAAAUCAGUUGUGUAUAUAUGAGAUGAAACCUGUGCUUAUUUUUAAAAGAUGUUCAAGUAUGUAUUAUUCUACUACAUAAACUAUGUCAAAUGCUUAUCCUGACGGUGAUAUGAGCGAAUUGUCUGUUGUACUUCAUGGCUUUCUCUUGAAGCUGCUGUUCCCCUCUCUCUGGUGUGUGUCUCUGAAGGGUGACAUCUGUCUGGCUCCGCUCCCCUCCCCGCGCAGGAACUCUUUCUGGUAUUCUAAAGCACGCUUCUUGCCUUGUGGAGUUGCUUGUCAGCUUCUGCCCCCCCUGACAACUGGUACCGUUCUGCAGUCUUGUUACUGGCUCUCGACUAAAUAGCAACUGUGUGGGGUUGUGAAGGCAGCUCGAUACCCAGCGGCUGUGGUUUCAGCUGGAGCUGACUGUGUGCAAUAGCUGUUGAGUCUUCACAUUCCUAAAUGGUAACAAUUUUUUCCAUCCACAUUUGGGCUUCAUCAGUCUCCCCUCUUGAGUGAGGGAAAUCACCUGUCUGGGACUAAAGCGAUUGCACUGUGACUUUUGUACCAUAAAGAACUGCUGGGGAGCGAGCGGUGGUUACCUGCCCUCUGGAGCCAAGGGCUCAGCUCCAGGUGAAUGAUGCUGAAGAUGAGGUAGGAAUGUUGCAUUUUAUUAUAUCUUCUCUCAAACUGUACAGAUUAAAUACUGUUAUUUAAACAA